ACAGGUUUUACAACCCAUGGUGGGCCAGUCUUCCUUCCUGGGUGACUUUUAUUUUUUCCUUUUCAGGUUGUGGAAAUAAAUCCAUAAUAUUUUAUAUUUAGGAGUUUGGACACCCAGGUACAGCAUCCAGCCUCUCCUCAGUGUGUUUUGCAAACACUGCAAGAGAACCCUCUGUGUGGGGCAAUUGAAUUGUCUUCUGCCUUGCCUGGUGUAAGCUGUGAGGUGCCCGAGUCUCAUCUGGCUUGAAAUUGUUUGCUUUUGUCUUCCAUCCUCAUCAGCAGAAGCCAUGGAUCACACGCUGAAGUGGGGAAUCCCAUCCAAGCGCCCAUACCUCAAGCUCUUUCAGCUCCUGGUGCUGGCUGGUCUUUUUUACUUCUGUUCAGGCAUUAUCCAGGUGACCAAAACAGUGAAAGAAGCAGCAAUGCUAUCCUGUGAUUACAACAUAUCCACUGAAGAACUGAAGAGAGUUCGCAUCUACUGGCAAAAGGAUAAUGAAAUGGUGCUGGCUGUCAUGUCUGGAAAAGUGACGGUGUGGCCCAGGUACGAGAACCGCACCAUCACUGACGUCACCAGUAACCUCUGCAUUGUGAUCCUGGCUCUGCGCCUGUCAGACAAUGGCACCUACACCUGUGUUAUUCAGAAGCCUGAGAAAGGGUCUUACAAACUGAAACACCGGACUUCGGUGAAGUUAAUGGUCAGAGCUGACUUCCCUGUCCCUAGUAUAACUGAUCUUGGAAAUCCAUCUCCUAACAACAGAAGGAUAAUUUGCUCAACCUCUGGAGGUUUUCCAAAGCCUCACCUUUCCUGGUUGGAAAAUGGAGAAGAAUUAAAUUCUACCAAUACAACACUUUCCCAGGAUCCUGAAACUGAGCUCUACACGAUUAGCAGCGAACUGGAUUUCAAUAUGACAAGCAACCACAGCUUCGUGUGUCUUGUCAAGUAUGGAGGCUUAACAGUGUCACAGACCUUCAACUGGCAAAAAUCCAAACCAGCCCCUUCUGCUAAUCAGCUCCUGCUCUGGGCCAUUAUUAUCCCAGUCUCAGCAUGUGGGAUUUCUGUGAUCAUUGCAGUAACACUAACAUGCCUGUCCUGCAGACAUGCUGCAAGAUGGAGAGAGAGGAGGAGGAAUAAGGAGAGCAUGGAAAUGGAAAGGAUUUCCCCAUCUACAUAGGAUCUGUGGAAGGACUGGGCUGACCAGAACACCUCGAGGUCCCACAUCCAUCUGAGAUCGACCUCUUCUUGGAGCUUCCUCAAAUGGCCAGGAUUAUCCCACCUCGACCUUCAUGUAUCUGUUCUCUAGGAGCCUCUUCAGUCCAGUGGCUUUGCUGAAAGUGACUAGAGGAGUAUGAUGGGGACAGAAGUAGCUAUGGUGACCCUGGCCAACGAUUUGGAAACACAGAAUUCUUUAGGCCUGGAAGAGACAUUAGUGAAUACUCUUACUAAUGACAAGGACAUCGAAGUCCUGGAAGGUGACUUGAAUUGUAAAGGCCAGGGCCAGAACCCAGAUUUCCUGGCACUGGUGCUCUUUUCCUUCAUCAAUCCAGCUUUGUGCUAUUAACUGGUAUGUGUGUAUACACACACACACACACACACACACACAUCAGUCAAAGUGCUUCUGGAAACAGAAUUUAUCCAGUAUCAAUCAGGUCAAUUUCAGAGACUUGAUCUGAUGAAGGAAUAGAGAAGGAUGUUAUGUUGUUAAAAGCAAUCUAAUGUUAAUGUGUGGGAAGUAUGGUGUAUGUACACCUAGAUGAGGUUAAUGGAAAUAUUAUUGGUGUUUAGCCAGCACAUUUUCAUUGUGUUCUCCUUUGUUGUUCUCCUACUUCUCUACUAGGUUCAGGAGGAAGUAGACCCAUCUAAAACUAAUUUCCUCUGACAGGUAGAAUAAAUGACUUAUACAGUAAGUCCCCUACAUAUGAAUGAGUUCCAUUCUGAGAGUGUGUUCGUAAGUCCAAUUUGUUUGUAAGUUCAACAAAGUUAGCCUAGGUACCCGACUAACACAGCGGCUAUAUACCGCUGAUUUUACGCUUGCUUCUGGACAUGCUGGGCUUGAAGUAAAUAUACUGUUACUACUGUACUCUAUACAGUACUGUAAAGUACACAAAAGCAUAAUGGUGCAUGCACGUGACAACGUAUGCCAGACACUUGAACUAACUUACGUGAUUGGACGUGCGAACACAUGUUCGCAUCUUCAAAAGUUUGCAACUUGUUAGUAAAUGCAAACAGAAUGACUUUAUUUUUUGUUUUGUAAAGUAAAUCAAACUUAGCAGAUCAUAGGUCAAACAAGAAUAGAUUUUGUUGAACUGUUUUUUUUUCUUUUAAAAGGAGCAACUAAAAAAUAAAUCAAUACUAUGAAAAGCCCAGAUGAAUGCUUCUUGAUAAUUCCUUGGAAAAAAGUUGGUAAGCCAAAGCAAAUACUGUAUUAGAGAACAAGGGCAUAGCAAAAUACUUAAUACACACUGCUAACCUCUGUGGUUAAGACUGACACAACCAAUAAACUGUUAAGGAGGAAAAUGCAAACGUCUCUAAGAAAAGAUUUAGCAAAAGUUGUGCAUGUGUACAAACCACACACAAACUUUUUUUUCUAUUUAAAAUUUAUGAACUAAUCAAUAACUUGUUCUAGAAAGUAACUGCAAAUGAAAACAGCUUCAUAAGUUCAUUUUUGUAAUAAAAAUUGGCAUAUCUAUUUUGUUACUUCAAAGACAUAUAAAGGAAUUAAAAUUUAUUUUUAGUUAAAUUAAAAAAAAAA